AUGUUCACGACAAUCGUUCUCGCGCUCAGUCUAGCUGCCUCAGUGUCUUCCGUUGGAGUCGCGGCACGAACUGAUGGUGGAAUUCAUCUACCCAUGUACCGGACAGUGGCUUCAGUGUCGCAGAAACGCUCAACCAUGAUAAGCGCUGUCGGUUUGGGUGAUUUCUUGGACGUUACCUACACUGUCUCCGUCACCGUGGGCAAUACGGAGACCACUCUUGUGCUGGACACGGGUUCAUCCGAUUUGUGGGUUGUAUCCGACGCAUGCUCCGGUGAAUGUACGGAUAGUGUGGUACCCCUCUACUCGAUUGCAUCACUGAACGAUACGGGUCUCGAUGUCCUCUUGCUGUAUGGCGAUUCCCGCACGGGAACAUACGCAUCCGGACCCAUAGGCCAGGACAGCGUCGGAAUCGGGGGUCUGAGCGUUGCAAGUCAAACGUUUGCUGCGGCCAAUAGCACAAACACAACCAUCUUCCAAACGGGAUCGGCUGGUAUACUGGGGCUGGGGUUUCCGCCCAUCAGUCUCAUGUGGCGCGAACGACUUCAAGCGGACCUCGUGAACAGUCAAAGCCCAUUGUCAAAGCGGGGACUUCCUGGACCAUCUGCGAACAUCUCUACCGGGUCCAUCGGACAGCCCCCCUUCCCUUCGUUUGAUUUCCUCAAGCCGGCUUUGCUGAAGAAACGGCAGGCGCCGGACGGGACCUCACCAUCACCCGCUGAUCUCGCGAUUGCCUCCUUUGCGCAUUACGGUCCGCUAUUCACUCGGUUGAUCGGACAAGACGCCCUUGCCCUCCCCCUUAUAGCGACGACUCUGCAACGCGACUCGUUUCAAAUCGGCGGAAACGCGGGCAUGCUCUCCAUUGGCGGCUUACCCGCUGGUCUUCAAAUAACGCAGCUUACCUGGGCGCCCGUACGCGGCUACAGCAGCGACGAGGGAGGUCUGCCACCGCCUUCCGAUUCUCCGGCCGAGGUCUACCCGUUGGUUUGGGAAAUCGCGGUGGACGAUGUUUAUUUCGACGGCGUCAAGUUGCCCAGAUCUAUUCUAUCUUCACCGGCCAUAUCGCUGUCCGCCCUAAUUGAUACGGGUAACUCGCUCGUCCGCGGUCCGCGCGACGUUGUCGAACAUAUUAUGGCAUACUUCGGCGGCCCUAAUGCCUCCUUCGACUGCAAGGAAGUGCACAACUUGACAUUCCAAAUCGGCGGCUCUAUGUUCACCGUAGACCCCCGAGACUUUGCACACCCUCUGCAAGAUGAUUCAAGCUCGGAGUCACCACGCUGCACGCCCGCUCUCGCGAUGACCGAUCCGCCUGGCCAAGGCGGCUUCUUGUAUAGCUGGAGCCUCGGUGACCCUUUCCUGAAGUCUGUGCUGGUUGCGUAUUACUACGGGAACGUUACGCAUCCGUCUCAAGAUCCCCCCAAAAUCGGACUCCUAUCGACUGUUCCUUCAGAUGUAGCGAGUCAACUACAGCAAGCCAUCCAAGCUGUGGUUUCAUCUGGUGGUCAAUUUCCUGCAAUUGCGGAGUCUGCACCAACUGGGACAGCGAUAUCGUCCGGUACAGCCGCCAAUGGUGUGCCGCAAGCAACGCACGCGGAUCUACCGUCCUAUGCAAGCAACGCCGCCUUGACAUUUGCGCUCAGGACCAAAGCAUGGACUUCUCUCGCCCUCGCUACCACUACCGGAUUCGUACUAUUGGGUAUAGUAACCUACCUUUGA